CCGAAAAGUUGAGCUGCGCAGAUUUCCUAACUGUCCAAUAGUUCCCGCUUCUUCUUUCUCAGUGAAGUCACCCGUUCGUAAACUUCCCCGCCGAACAUCUCCUUCUUCUUUCAUUCCGAGUAAAUAUUUUGCAGUAUCCAAUAUGAUCAAGAUCAACUUGUUGAGUCUUUUCCUUGCUUUCAUUUUUAUUUGCUGCAUCUUUCAAAAAGAAGUUGAUGCAGCCAGUAGAACCAACAGACGUCUCAAUGAUUCAGCUUUUCCCUGUUAUCGUCAGAGGAGAAGCUUAAUGGUUCUCUUUUUUUGUGAUCAGGAAAAGGGAGGGUAUCAAAAAUUUCUUCAAAAUGGCCUCCGAGAAAGAAGAUUCAGGUCCUCAUUGUCUGCUGCUGAUAUCGAAUUACUGAAUGCUCUAAGGAAACGUCAAAUUCGAUACCAUCCUUGUUACUUUAAUCCUGUAUCUUGUUUUAAACGAAAAUGAAACUGAACUCCAAAUUUAAAUUAUAAUUACUAGUCAUGGUUGCUCGUUUUUUUUCGUUUUUGGAAAUGAAUAAAUUUAUAUCUCAUUGAUGGAACUUUUUUACUUUAAGCCCAUUUUGUAAUGACCACGUAUCUUAAAGUGGUAAUUUAUCAUGUGUAUGUAUAUAUGUAUUGAUCACUUCAUCAAGAAAAUUUGUUAUUUUAACUCAUUAUGAGAUAGGAAUAAGUAUUAGAUAAAACAUUGUUGUUUAAAAUUAGUCAUUUUAUUUAUUGCUCAUUAAAAACGCACCCAAAAUUAAAUGGGGGUGUUAAUGUGUGUAAUUUUUCGUUGAAUGAAUGGUGUGAUGAAUAUUAAAAAAAUUAAGAAAAAUAAUAA